AUGGACGCCGGUCCCAGGGGGCGGGCUCCAGGUCAGAAAGGGCCUGCCCACCGGCCAAGGAAGGCGGGCCGGGGCGCAGAGCAGCCGGGAAAUCGAAUGGCAUCGGGCAUGACACCACAGGGUUCGACGAGGGUCCGGGAUCGCAAGGGGCAGCCCUGCGUAAAGUCCGGCCGACAUGGGUGUCAUCAGGUUGACGGCCGCGCACCGGCCGAUCUGUUGGGCGCGGCGGUCCCGAGGGGGAAGCGGACAGGCCGCCGCAGGCGCCCGAGGGACCUGUCGCGGGACUUCUUCGUCCGGGAGCUCUUCUCAACGGUGUCAGUGGACACGCCGAAGGAGCGCGAGGUUGCGGAGGCCCUGUACAGCCUGGCCAACUUCUUCCGACCUUCGGCGCCUCCAGAAGACGAGGGCUCCGCGGACAACCGCACCAGGCCCCACCCCCAGGCCGCAACAAGGCGCAACAAUUUUGGCAGCACCUCCCGGAGGCGGGAUGCCGGCAUUGGGGCCAGGCCGGCGCACACCCCGGCGGAUUGCAGGCCGCCCGCGGUGCCCGUUGGGUCGAUCAGGGCCCGGCGCGACGCGAUCGAGGGCCCCGGAUCUGAGUCGGACGCCACGGACAGCGACGGGGAAUCCGCAUCUUGGAUGGACGGCGCGGGGGCGGGAGAGAGGGCCGCGCGCGGGGGGAGGAUUGGGCGCGACAUGCAAAGGGGCAGGCCGGCUGGUGGGGUGUGGAAGAGGCCGGCCCUGGACGGCUCGCGCGGGAACGGGGAGUCGAUCGGGAACUCGCAGAUGUGCGCCGGCGGCUGGGAGUCAGCGUUGUUGGGUAGGCGCCGGGGCGACGGCGCGGCAUCGGCCGAGGAGGGGUUCCCGCAUGCCAAGAGGACGCGCACCGGGGGCAGGAAGGCGUUGGGGGGGGAGGGAAGGAGGCACGAGGCCGGGCACAGGGUUGGGGAGGUUGGGGCCAAGCCUGGGGGUGAGCAGAAAGCCGGCGAAUUGGCGGCAUCGCAGCAGCAGCCGUCGCUGAAGACGCUCAUGGACGCCUUUCACGGGGCGUACGUACGGGCGUACAUGGGGCGUACGAGCCUGCUGGGCAAUGUGUUGAAUCGGCCGGACGCGCCGAAGGAUCAGAUUGCCACUCCGGGGUCCGAUUUCUCGGCGCCCGGGCUCGGCGGCGUGGGUGGAACAUCUGCUGGGCUGCCCUCUGGCACUGCUGCGAUUCCGCUUUCUGUGGCCAUGGACCUGCAUGCCAUGAUGCAGUUGGGUGGCCUUGGGGGAAGGCGGGGGUCGGACCCUGGCCGUGUGGCGCCCCAGGCGGCUGCCGUGAGUGCAAGGACCGGUCCUGUGCCGGCGAGCCUGAAGAGGAGCUUUGCCAGAAACUGUGCACACAUACACAUUGCCCACUUCAUCCGCUGGCACAAGUACCAGCUUCAUCAGGAAGGCAAGACCUCGCUGGCGGUACCGCCCUGCAGCGCUGACGGCUAUGCCGCGGGUCCGAUCGAGGCAGGUGCACAGCCUCUGCAGCCACAGCCCCUUGUGGCUGGUGUGCAGCGUGAAGCAAAGCCGCAGGGACAGCACACCUUUACACCUCCCACACAGAGGCUGUUUCCCUCCAUGUUGCCGUCACACUCUCUCCAGUCAUCGACGCCCCUGCAGGCAAUGCUGCCGGUGGGAGAGAAGGUGCGUGGGACCAAGAUGUCCUUGCCCCAAAGCAACUCGCAGCCGUCAUCAACGCACUUUCCAUUGCUGCCAUCCCUGCACAAUGGUGUGGCCCCGACCAGUGUGCCCACAGCAGGGCAACCGUUCACAGGGCCACAGGGUGCUGCAGCCUUCCUGCCAGUCCAUGCCCCCUUUCCUGGUGGUGGCACUGAUGCCAGCAGCUCCACCAGGACGGGUGUGCUGCUAUCGGUGCUGCAGGCGCAGUGCAGCAGGCCGCCAGUGCCACCAGCAGCUGUGGCUGGCAUGGGGGAUGUCCUAGGAACAGGCGUUGCGGGGGGCGACAUGCUGAGGAACCAGAUGGCCAGGCAGUUGCUGAUGAGCAUGGGCAGUAUUCACUCAUCGGAGGGAAUGAACUGGUUGCAAUAUGUGGCAACAGGAGGCUGUGCCCCAGAUGGAAAGCCCCUGCAACUGAAUAGUGCUGCAUCGCUGGGAGUAGUCCCUAGUCAGUUCAUACCGGAGGGCUUCAAAUGA